AAUCGACAGAACUCUAGUAUUUUGACGCUCAAGUUGGCCAAAGUGAGUGAACGCGCUAGAGAAUUUUGCCGCCUUGGAUUGGACACUACUGGACGUUGUUAAACAACUGAAGAUUCAAAUUCCUUCGACCCCUUCGACUGGUCUUGUAGGAGCUAGCACGCUUGCAGGUUUCGUAUUUUUGCUCCUUCCUCGCAAAAACACAACCAUGCAACCGAGUUCGAUCCGACGUAGAUCGUCCAGUAAUCCCGUAAGGAAAUCCACGAUCGAACGGGAGGACAAGAACUUUUCUGUGAAUGAUCAACGAAGGACGCAGACGUUGAAACCGAAGGGAAUCUCGACCGGUGAAACCUCCCAUAUACCCAGGGCUCGUUUUCGAAGCUCCUCCAGCGACCGAGCGGGAUCUCUCGGCAGAAAAUCUUAUUUGAAAAUGACAGGCAGAACUCCACUACAGCAACCGACAACUCCAACACGUACCCCAGUGAGACUCUCCACCAAGCUUAGUGCGCCAAGCGCAGCGUUUACAUCAACAGUUCAUGCACCGUUGUCAACUGAUCGAUCGCCGUCUGGCGACCGUGCCAGCAGUGUGGGAACUAAGGGUCCCAGGAAGGAUACAAUGCCUCUAAAGGACAAGGAUUAUGAGAUGCUGCUAAACAAGAUAGAUUCGUUCUUUGAUGUAAAUCAGUACUCGACGAUAAACAGCAACGGCAGUUUGAAGCCGAUUACAUCGAAGAUGUUCAUGGAGGUCUCCUGCUUCUUACUGAAGUACUUGGAUGUCAAGCACGAUCUCACAAUGACAAAUUACACAGAUGAAUUACCGAAAUGUGCGAAGAAGCUACACUACCCAGGUAAGAUGAUAAAAUCAUGGCUAAAGAGUCCCUAUACGCCGAGCUCGUGACCCUAUGUUCUUGGUUGGAUCAGCUGGCUGGUGGAAGCGUGCCAGGUGAAAGAACUCGCGAUCAAGAGAUACCAACUGGAAACUUUGCCGUACAUAGGAACGCAGCAACAGGAGGCAGGUUUCAACAUGGAGUUUCAAACACUAUUGGAGUGCUACAAAGCUUGGACUGACGAAAAACUUGAUGAUGAGGCGGAAAUAUUGGAGCAAUAUCUGCAGAAUGUUGUAAUUCAGCAAGGCAUUACCGAGAACGAUCUAGCUCAGGCGCAUAAAGAAUUGGAAGAGGAAGUAAUUGAGCUACAAAUGCAUGAAAAAGAGUCAAUAGAAUAUGAUAAAAAUAUUGAACAGCUACAGCAAAAAUUAGCGCUUUUGCAGGCCAAAGAACUUCAAAAAUUAGACCACAUUAAAGCCACGGAGGAUAAUAUAAGUAAGCUUUGCUCCGAGACACAACAAUUAAAUACAGAAUGUAAAGCUUUGAAUGAACAAAUUCAGAAAGGAAACAUACAGUACAAAGAAUUGCAUUCAAUUAUGAGGAAUCAACCAAUGUCUAAGGCUGAAAAGGAAAGCAUCGUUAAAGAGUGCAUGGAGAUUCGAAACUACAUACACCAAUUUGACGAGCACUUGAAAGAUUACCAAAAGGAAGCGUACACUUUAGAUAUAAAAUUAGCGAACCUCAGUAAUAGUCUUAAUAAAGCAAUAUUAGCCCAUAAUAAAAAGGUCUUUUCCAAAUUCGCGAUCGACGGUCGAAAGGCGAUCCAUGGCUGCUUUCGCGAGAAGAUCAAAGUGAUCCGGAUUAAAAUGACCUUACGCUAUGAUCGGUCAAAUUUCAUUGAAUAAAAUUUCGAAGCCUCAAUAUUAGGAUUUGGAGGUGAGGCUAACAUAACUAAAAAAGUAAGGAUAAUCUCUAUUUUGCUCUAUAUUAUUGUAACUCGUCUCACUAUAUUUCAC